UGGUGUCAGAAGUGGGAUAAAGCGUCAAUAAACAGGAAAAAGUGAGAAAGUUGUGAAAUGGCCACGAACGACGCAGUAUCAGGAAUAAAGCCGCCAGCUAACCUACAAAUCGACUCGGACAAAUCAACGAGCUGGAAAAAGUGGUUACAACAAUUUGAGUGGUAUGCCACUGCUAUCCAACUAGAUAAAAAGCCAGCCGAGGUCCAGGCAGCAACAUUUAUGGCUGUGAUAGGCCCAGAUGCGAUCGAAAUUUAUAAUAGUUUCAAUCUCAGCGAGGUGGAAACAGAUAACCUACAAGUUAUCAAAGAUAGGUUUAAAGAGUAUUUUGCACCAAAAACAAACAUAUCUUUUGAAAGAUAUAUAUUUUUCAAGAUUGAACAAAAUGAAGAUGAACAAUUCAAUGAGUUUUUAACUAGAAUAAAAACCCAAGCAGGAAAAUGUGAAUUUGACAACUUAUGCGAUGAAAUGCUGAAAGACAAGAUAGUAUUCGGAAUUAGAUCUAAUCAAGUAAGAGAGAAAUUACUAACAGAAGACAAACUAGAUUUGAUGAAAGCGGUAAAUAUCUGCAGAACAAGUGAACAAGCUUCCAAACAACUGGAUGAGUUUGAAAGUAAAAGUAAAACGGAAAGCGUGUCAGCAGUGAAAAACAAAGAUGCCAGAAAAGAAGAAAACAAGAACUUUGACUGCAGAAGAUGUGGUACAAACCAUAAACGCCGAGAGUGCCCAGCUUUUAACAAACCAUGCACAAAAUGCAAUAGAAAUGGUCACUUUGCAAAUAUGUGCAGGACUACAAAGAAAUAUGAUACUAAACGGAAAAAUAGAGUGAAUGUACUAGAAGAAAGCUCAAAUUCUGAAGAUGACGUAUACAUAUCUGCUAUAAGUACUGGAGAAAAGAAAAACUGGACAGAAAAGAUUCAGGUUGACAACGUGAAGUUUACAGUUAAACUAGAUACAGGCGCAGAAUGUAAUGUAUUACCAAGACAUUUGAUGGACAAAACAAAAGCAAGUCUGAAGUCAAGCCGAACAAGAAAUCUGAUAAGUUACACAGAUGACAAAAUGACAGUGUUAGGUGAAGUAGAGCUAGUAUGUAAAUUAAAAAACGAAGAAACAAAAAUUGUUUUCAAAGUAGUUCAAGAAAAAGUUACACCAAUCUUAGGACUUGAUACCUGCGAAAAAUUGGGACUUAUUGCACGAGUCAAAACAUUGAAGGAAAGUCAAUGUACAGAUGACAUAUUCGAAGGCUUAGGCUGCUAUAAAGGUUACGAGUAUGAUAUCGAUCUGAUUGAGAACCCAAAAUUCGAAAUNGUACAUGUCAGUUAA